AUGGCGCCGCUUACCACCAUGGCGCCUAAGAAGAAGAUUGCCGUCAUGACCUCUGGAGGUGACUCUCCAGGCAUGAACGCCGUUGUCCGCGCUGUCGUCCGCACGGCCAUUCACAUGGGCUGUGAUGCCUUUUGCGUCUACGAGGGUUACCAGGGACUCGUUACCGGCGACAUCCGCAAGACCGAUUGGAACGACGUGCGAGGUUACCUGUCCGAGGGCGGUACCCUCAUCGGAACCGCCCGGUGCAUGGAGUUUUACGAGCGACCCGGUCGACGACUUGCCGCCAAGAACAUGAUAUUGAAGGGAAUCGAUGCUCUUGCCAUUUGCGGUGGUGAUGGAUCUCUUACCGGUGCAGACAAAUUCAGAGCCGAGUGGCCGUCGCUGGUCGACGAACUCGUGUCCGGCGGCGAGCUCACUGAACAGCAGGUCGCCCCAUACAGGCACCUGAACAUUGUCGGCCUGGUAGGAUCCAUUGACAACGAUCUGUCCGGAACUGAUAACACCAUUGGCGCUGCUUCAGCCCUUUCCCGAAUUUGCGAGAUGGUCGACUACAUCGAGGCCACUGCAAGCUCCCACCAACGUGCCUUCGUCAUUGAAGUCAUGGGCCGACACUGCGGUUACCUCGCCCUGAUGGCCGGUGUUGCAACCGGUUCCGAUUUUAUCUUUAUUCCUGAGAAGCCCAGAGACGACAACUGGCGCGAGGAUAUGGUCAAGAUUGUGAAGAAGCACCGAGAACUAGGAAAGCGAAAGACCAUUGUCAUCAUUGCCGAAGGAGCCAAGGACAGACACGGUGAGAAGAUCACUUCUUCGAUGGUUGUCGACCUGCUCAAGGACCCCAAGGGCCUCAAGCUCGACACCCGUGCCACAAUCCUCGGUCACGUUCAGCGUGGUGGUCCAGCCGUCGCUCAAGACAGAAUCCUGGCAACACUGCAAGGUGUUGAGGCUGUCAAGACCCUGCUCGAAGCGACGCCCGAGUCCGAGACCUGCUUUAUUGCCAUCACCGAGAACAAGAUUGUCCGCAAGCCUUUGAUGGCAGCGGUCAAGGCAACACAAGAAGUUGCCAAGGCAAUCGAAGCUCAAGACUUUAGCAGGGCCAUGGCUCUACGAGACACGGAGUUUGCUGAAAUGUACAACUGCUAUAGCCUCACAACUACUGUUGGGCAGGACGAGAACACCAAACUUCCCGCCAACAAGCGCAUGCGCAUUGGUUUCAUCAACGUUGGUGCUCCCGCUGGUGGUAUGAACGCCGCGAUCCGAGCCGGUGUUGCUUAUUGCUUGAACCGUGGCCAUGAGCCCCUCGCUAUCUACAACGGUUUUGCCGGCUAUGUGCGUCAUCACGAUGAUUCGCCAUACAAGUCCGUGCGACCAUUCAACUGGGUCGAUGUGGAUGACUGGGGCAGAAAGGGAGGCUCGGAAAUCGGUACCAACCGUGAACUCCCCGAGGAGACUGGCAUGGACCUGAUUGCUGCCUGCAUCAAGAAGGACAAGUUUGAUGCGCUUUUCCUGGUUGGAGGUUUCGAGGCAUUCCACGCAAUUUCACAGCUGCGAAAGGCCCGGGCCAAGUACCCUGAGCUUCGCAUCCCCUUCACGCUGCUGCCAGCCACCAUUUCGAACAAUGUUCCGGGUUCCGAGUACUCGCUUGGUUCGGAUACUUGCCUCAACGAGCUUGUCGAAUUCUGCGACAAGAUCAAGCAGUCUGCCUCAGCUACCCGUAGACGAGUUUUCGUCAUUGAGACCCAGGGUGGCCGCUCCGGAUACAUUGCUACCCUGGCCAGUUUGGGUGUAGGAGCAAGUGCCGUGUACAUUCCCGAAGAGGGUAUCAGCCUAGGCAUGAUUACUUCAGAUAUCGAGCAUCUAAAGGAGGUCUUCAGAAAUGACAAUGGACAGUCUCGCGCCGGACGUCUGAUCCUGGUCAAUGAAAAGGCUGACAAGCUCCUCACGGCCAAGCUCAUCGCAGAUCUGAUUCGCCACGAGGCGGAGGAGCGAUUUGAAGCCCGUGACAGUAUUCCCGGCCACGUGCAGCAGGGUGGUGUCCCAUCCCCUCUGGAUAGACACCGAGCUGUCAGACUCGCAAUCCGAUGCAUUCAACACCUUGAGCAGUUUGGCCCCUUCUCGGAGGCUUCUGCUAGCGACAGCCCACUGAGCGCAUCCGUCAUUGGUAUCAUGGGUGCUGCCGUCGUCUUCUCGCCCAUGGAGACUUUGGAAGAGAAGGACACUGACUGGAAGAACCGUCGCCCUCUUGCAGCUCACUGGCGCGACAUGAAGGACACUGCCGAUAUUCUCGGUGGACGACCUCCGUACGAGAAGCCGCACGAGGCCCUCCGAGGCUCUGUGGCCAAGGACGCCAAGCGCGGGCUUAUAUGA